AUGUUUCCAUGUCUACAUCUGUUUGAUUUUAUUUUCCCGCCUUUCCGUCUCCGAUUUUCAUUUUUUUUUUACGCGCCAAAGAUUUUCCCAGACCAAAGCCAACAUCACCAUUCUUUAUUUCUUUUUUCUUUCUUUCUUUUUCUUUCUUUUUCUUUCUUUCUUUUUUCUUUCUUUCUUUUUUCUUUCUUUCUUUCUUUCUUUCCUUAUUUAUUUAAUUCUCUCGCUUUCAUUACUAAUAUCUAUCUAUCUAUAUUCAGUCUAUAUCUAUCUAUCUAUCUAUCUAUCUAUCUAUAUUCACUUAUGUCUCGCCUCUCUUUGCCUUUCCUUCCUUUCUCUUUUUCCUUUCUUUUUUUUUUUCUUCCUUUUCUUUGCUUCCAAAAUGCUGACGGCAAAACAAAUACCCACUAUUGUUCUUUUUGUUCUCUCUCUUUCUCUCUCUCUCUCCCUCUCUCUCUCUCUCUCUCUCUCUCUCUCUCUCUCUCUCUCUCUCUCUCUCUCUCUCUCUCUCUCUCUCUCUCUCUCUCCUCUCUCUCUCUCCCUCUCUCUCUCCCUCUCUCUCUCUCUCUCCUUUUACAUCUUCUCCCUUUUUUGCUCGUAAUCUCUUUCUUUGUAUCCUCCCUUUACGAUCUCACUCUUUACUUUUCUGCUCUUUCUUUCGCCCACCCAAUUUCUCACUCCUCCCUUUCCUGCUCCCACUCUCCUUUCCACCUCACUCCUUCCUUUCUUGCUCUCACCUUCAUUCUCGCUAUCCCUUUCCUUCGUUUUUUGCUCAACCCGCUUUCUUUCUAUCCCACUUCUCACUUUUCUUCUCUUUCUUCUCUUUUCUUGUCUCUUUCUUUCUUUCUUUCUUUCUUUCUUUCUUUCUUUCUCCAAACUUUCAACAAAAGGAAGAUUUCUUUAUCUUUCCGUUUCCUUUUUCUUUUUCUUUCUUUCUUUCUUUCUUUCUUUCUUUCUUUCUUUCUUUCUUUAUUUAUUUAUUUAUUUAUUUGCUUACCUACCCUCCCUUUUCUGCUUUCACUCUUUCUACCUCAUUCAUUUCUUUCUCUCACCCAAUUUCUCAUAUCUCACUUUAUCUCUCCCACCCACUCACUCACCCACUCCUCACUCCUCCUCCUCACCCCCCACUCCUCCUCCUUUCUUUUUUUCUUUCAUUACUUCUAUUUCACUCAUCUCUUUUCUGUUCCCACUCUCCUUUAUAUUUCACGCCUCGCUUCUUGCUUGCACCCAUUUUCUUUCUAUCCCACUGAUCCCUUUUUUGCCCUUUCUUUCUUUCUUUCUUUCUUUCUUUCUUUCUUUCUGUCUCUCUUUGCUUCUCAUUCCACUUUCUUUUUCAACUCCGUUGUCAGUCUUUCUACAAAGCAAACAAUUCUCUAUAUGUUUCCAUCUAUCUUUUCUUUCUUUUUUCUUUCUUUUCUUUCUUUAUUUCUUUCUUUUCUUUCUUUCUUUCUUUUCUUUCUUUCUUUCUUUCUUUCUUUCUUUGUCACUCCACUUCAUCUUAUCCUUUUCUUACCUACGAAGCAAACGUUUAUUUAUUUUUCUAUUUCUCAUCUUUUCAUUCUUUCCAUCUUUCUUUCUCUCCAUUCUCUCUCUCUCUCUCUCUCUCUCUCUCUCUCUCUCUCUCUCUCUCUCUCUCUCUCUCUCUCUCAGCCGAUUCUUUUAUUUAUAUAA